AACACAGAGAGGCAGCCCCAAGACAGGUUAUUCCAAGAUGAAGGCUCUCCUUGUGCUCCUGCUGGGAGCGCUCCUGUGCGUGAACUCAGGUUCGUCUUUGCAGUGCUACAGCUGCACCUCCCAGCUCAGCAACUCCAAGUGCCAGACGGUGAAGACGUGUGGAGAGAACAACAUGUGCAAGACGGACGUGAUCCGGGUUGUGGGGCUCGUCAGCAUCAUCAGCAAGGGAUGUGACAGCUCGUGUGAGCCAUCCUACCAGGACUUCAACGUGGGCCACAGGAACAUCUCCUGCUGCAGCAGCGACUUCUGCAAUGCCAACACCGCGGGCAGUGUGAGGUCCAGCUACGGGCUGGCCGGAGGGGUAGCGGCCGGAGUGCUCUGGACCAUCCUCAACAACAAAUUCUGA